AUGGCCAAUAGUGUAAACAUGGCCAGUAGCCCGUGUGAGCCCGUGUUUGUAAGAGUCUGUAAGGAAUUGGUAGAAGCUUGUAGCAACUUUGCAAAAUCUCGUAUCGGUGUAUACUGAAUUAACCUUAAUGCCUCAAAUAGGAGAUAGUCUUUGUAAACCCGAGGUUAUGGAAGAACAGGAACAAUUCUUAUUUACAUAUGACGAAAUCGGCACCGUUCUGAGAACGGUCGGACGUAAUUUGAAUAACUUUACGGUGGAUUGUUCGGCGAGUACUACCAUGGCUGAUCCAUACCCUGGAGAAGAUGGGGCAGAAGUGACGUCUCGAACUCUCGGUUUGAAAGAUGAUGUUACUGCAAUGUUUGGACCUCAGGCUGUAUUCAAGAAAGGAGUGGAUAGCUAUGACAAUGUAGAACCUUUGUACAACGAACUAUACAAACGGUGGCUCGAGCAACGGGACCAAUUGGAGCAAGCACAGGAAGAGAUUAUCAGACUGAGGAAUCAAGUAAUUGAUUCCAGGUUGAGUUACCAGCAUUGAAGAAGAGUCUAGGAUUGAUUAAUCUGACGACAGUGAUGAGAAAAAAUGCUUGUGCAACCAUUCAUGGUGAUAUAUGACUGUUUUAAGGUUACAUCUCCGGUUACACCUGUUCUAGGUAAUGCAUCAAAGUACAUUUUGUGCCAGCCUUGGAGCUGUGCUAGGAAAUUUGGUAUGGCAUGCGUCCCGCUUUCCUCAUGUUGUAGAAUUAUGGCUAUCCAAGUUUCAGGCAAAACUUGGGGAGUUCUUGUGCAUUGUAAAUGGAACCUUCGUUUCCUUUAUAAACACGUAUGGUUCUGUAUUUCCCUCUGAGAACAGCGAUGAGUUUCAAUUUGUAAAGGGUCUCUGUGGUAUCGUGACAAAUCUAUCGGCAAGCCCUGGAGGUCGUCAGUUUUUGGUUACACAUCCAAAUGGAAAAAAUUUGCUGCAGAAGAUGGUAAAACUGAUGCCUGUGGUACCGUUACCUACGGGCAACUCGUUAGCAAGAUUGAUCUUGAUGCUUUUGUACAAUGUCAGUAUAAAUAAAUCAGGCCUGCAAUAUUUGAUAGAACUUCGUAUCUGUCAAAUACUUGGCCCAUACCUCAGUGAUUCAAUUUCGGCUGAACUGAAGCACCUCUCCUUGCGACUACUGCAAUCUAUUACCUUCGAGCUUAGAGAUGAAUUGACCAUUGAUGAUAUUCUAACGAAAGUCACUGUAACAAGAAUUCAAGAACUUGUAAAAACAGAAACGGAAAUAGUUUCAUCAAUUGCCAAAGAGGUCAUUUUAAAUCUCAAAAACUGCCAAUCUUCUCUUAUCUAUGACGGACGUUUUUGUCAAGAUCGACUCGGACGCAAUAUAUCAUCUAGCAGAUACUAAACGGUAUACCGAUAGUACUCUGCGCCACAAUACAGAGGGUACCUAUUGGACAUGAACAGCUGUUGUACUAUACCAGGAAUAUCUACCAUCCUUGAUUCUUUAAUGGUUCCAAACAAAUUAUGAAAAUGUAAACGUAUUCUGGAACAAAUGAAGUGGAUUUUCGUCGUGUUUUGGUCCCUUUACCAAGUGAAUUGAGUUAGAAUUAUCCCAGAGUGCUUUUACUUUGAUCUUCAAGCUCUGGGUAACUUGGCUUGUGUUUAAAUAACGAAAAAUUUCUUAUAAAUGAAAAUAGCAAGAGGUACUGCUUAAAAUAUAAAGAAACAUUUCUUAUAAAUUAGGAUAACAAAAGGCACUGCACCAAUGAUAAUAGAAAUCGCAAUUUCCACUCCAAUGACACGUAGUAAAGAACCCGUGUGAAGGUAGUUUUAAACGUUAUUUUUUUUCAACGCAAGACAAAAUUUUCAGUACUCUGCUUAGUAUAUUGCCAUGUUCUUUUUCACUUUUGCAAUGAUCCACAUGUAAACUUCACCAAACCUCAGGGUCAAAGUAUUUGCACAUAAUAUUCUUACAUAGAGUAAUUCAACGAAAUAGGAAAAUUAGUCACUGAAACAAUACGAAAAUAGCAUUAUAAACCCAUUUAAGUACAACAAUUGGUUUUCCUAUUCUGUGAUUUGGAGAACUACGUUUUGAAAAUACAACUGAUAGUCCAUU